UCGCCCCGCCCCCGCCCCGGCCCGCGUCCCCGGGCCGCCUCUGCUCUGCCCAGGGAACUUCGGACGUCGGAGCGGCGGGACGCGAAGGAGCUGUGCCGGACGGCGUGAUGGAGUCGAGUGGCCGCAGCGCGGCGGCCCCGGGCCGCGGGCCGCGGGUGCUGGUGGUGGGCGGCGGCAUCGCGGGGCUGGGCGCGGCGCACAAGCUCUGCGGCCACCCGGCCUUCCCGCAACCGCAUGUCCUGGAGGCCACGGCCCGCGCUGGCGGCCGCAUCCGCUCAGAGAACAACUUCGGUGGCGUGGUGGAGCUGGGUGCUCACUGGAUCCAUGGACCCUCCCAAGGCAAUCCCGUUUUCCAGCUGGCUGCCAAGUAUGGGCUGCUGAGAGAGAAGGACCUGUCGGAGGAGAACCAGCUGAUGGACACUGGGGGCCACGUGGGCCUGCCCUCCGUGUCCUAUGCCAGCUCCGGGGAAAGCGUGAGCCUGGAGCUGGUGGCAGAGAUGGGCAAUCUGUUCUAUAACCUCCUAGACCAGACUCGGGAUUUCCUGCAUGCGGCCCAGGCCCCAGUGCCCAGUGUGGGGGAGUACCUCAAGAGGGAGAUCAGCCAGUGUGUGGCUGGGUGGACGGAGGACGAGGAGUCCAAGAAGCUCAAGCUGGCCAUCCUGAACAGCUUCUUCAACGUGGAGUGCUGUGUGAGUGGCACGCACAGCAUGGACACGGUGGCCCUCCUGCCCUUUGGAGAAUACACAGUGCUUCCAGGGCUGGACUGCACCUUUCCUGGGGGCUACCAAGGGCUCACAGACCACAUCAUGGCCUCCUUGCCCAAGGACGCAGUGGCUUUUAACAAGCCCGUGAAGACCAUUCACUGGAACGGGUCCUUUCCGGAAGCUGAAUCUGGGGACACGUUCCCAGUGUUGGUGGAGUGUGAGGAUGGAGGCUGCUUCCCGGCACAUCACGUCAUCGUCACAGUGCCCUUAGGUUUUCUUAAAGAACAUCUGGACACUUUCUUCGAGCCACCACUGCCUGAUGAGAAGGCACAAGCGAUCAGGAAAAUUGGCUUUGGGACCAACAAUAAAAUCUUCCUGGAGUUUGAGGAGCCCUUCUGGGAACCGGACUGCCAGCACAUCCAGGUGGUGUGGGAGGACACGUCGCCCCUGGAGGACGUCACCCCUGAGCUGCAGGACGCCUGGUUCAAGAAGCUUAUCGGCUUUUUGGUCCUGCCUUCCUCUGGGUCUGUCCACAUCCUCUGUGGUUUCAUCGCUGGGCUGGAGUCUGAGUUCAUGGAGACUCUGUCGGACAAGGAAGUGCUUCGGUGUCUGACCCACGUGCUUCGCAGGGCGACAGGAAACCCGCAGCUCCCUGCACCCAAGAGCGUGCUGAGGUCCUGCUGGCACAGUGCCCCGUACACCAGGGGCUCCUACAGCUACGUGGCCGUGGGCAGCACUGGGGAUGACAUUGACCUGCUGGCUCAGCCCCUCCCUGUGGAUGGCAAAGAGGCCCAGCCCUCCAGCAGGUCGUUGGUGUUCGGUCCCCAUGGCUGGGUAACACCCCCCGCCACCCAGUGGUAGACACAGCCACUCUAUUAUGCUGCUGGGUCCUAGAGGUGGGCAUAGUCGGCUUGUUUCUGCCCCUCGACUGCUGGGGUCUCAGCUGAGAAGACUUGGCCCACUGGGGUGACUCGAGGGCUGGGCCCUUGGAGGUCCCUUCCCUCACGUGGCUGGCCCUUGCUGGGCUGGCCCGAGGGCUGACCUCUGCGGGUGUGUUGACUGGAGUGUCUGCCUGGGGCCUCCCGUGUGGCUUGGCGGCCCCAGUGAGGCCGUGUGUCCCUGUGGUGCCCAGGGCCCCAGCACAGGCGUUCUCAGAGUGGGGACUGCACUGCCUCCCGUAGCCCAGUACGAAGUCACUCCACCGGCCAAAGCAGGUACAAGCCUGCCCAGACUCAAGGGCAGGACACGACUCCGCCUUGACUCCGCCUUUCUGUGGGAGGCCUCCCCAGUAACUCACAGCCAUGGAAAAGCUGCGUGUCGGGUGUGAAACCGCAGCUGGCAGGUCAUGCCCGUGGUGUCCUGAAGACAUUCCCAGGCCGCUGCAGGGAGGCCCGGAGCCGCUCCGCUCCCUUUCUUCUCUGUGUCCGUUUCCAGGUCUCAGGAAGCCCCGGUGAGCGCUGGGCUGCCAAACUCGCCGAGCGCUGCUGGGAGCCCGGUGUGAGAUGGCUCCUGUCCCACGUCUGGCCCAGGCCCAGUGCUUCCAAACUCGGAGCUGGCCCUGGUCAUUGAGUCAUCUCAUCUCUCCGUUUAGUGUUUUCCUUUUUCUGGCAUUGCUGUUGGGAAGGUGGGCUUCUGGGCGGCCUCAGACUGUCUUACCUGCUUCCUUCCUGAUUCCCACCUCUUCGGGUUUCGCUCACCAGACCAUCUGUUGUUUUCGUUUUGUGAUUCUGGCCACGUGGUCCGAGGUGUCCUCAGGUGCUGCUCUCUCGUGGCAGGGGUGGAAUGUGUCACAUCAGGUGUGGGACGGAGCGAAGAACACAGCCGCACGCGCGCCACCAGCCCUGUGGCCACACCAGCCCUGGCACCCCACCGAUCCCAGCCCUCUU